AUGUCUCCGCCCGUGCCAGUCUCAGAAGAUCCUGUCGUGGUAUGCGCUCGCACCCUGCUCCAGAAAUCAAGCUCUGUCAGGAGAAGUAUUGCUAGCGGGUAUCGAUUUGCAAGGUACGCUGCGUACACGAAAUUAGGCCCGUGUCAACGCGUUACCGAGCUCUCCGUAGUGAGACUCGGAGGGCACGUGACGGACGCAGCGCAGCCGGACAAGACGCAAUCCACCGACGGCCACAAAGCAGGCCAUGAAGCUUGUCGUGUGGCCGAUGUGGCCGACGCGUCCAUUGGCCAGGGAUCUACUUCAAAGCUCGCGCCUUGGAAACGAAUACGACGUCAGGCGUAUGGUUUGCCGCCAUUCACCGCCUUUAGCUCAAAUAUCGGAGCAGGGAUCGCAAUUCACGACAACGCGGAAGAUCGGAAGCUACUGUACCACGUCACCGCCAGGAAUGUUACAGCGGAGCUGUAG